UAGAAAUGGAGUUUCAUCAUGUUGUCCUCUCGAACUCCUGACCUCAAGUGAUCCACCCGCCUCGCCCUUCCAAAGUGCUGAGAUUACAGGUAUCAGCCACUGUGCCUAGCCAGCACUCAAUAAUUUAAUUGGCAUACUGAACUCUGUUCCACCCAGAAGUCAGUGGACUUCACAUUUCUCUGACGUUUGAUCUUAAAUAAGAGCAGCAGACUAGGAGAGGUGAGAAAGUGCUGAUUAAGCCCGAAGGUAAAUAGGAGUUAAGCAAACAAGAGAAGAAGGAAGAGUGAUGCAGAUGGAGGGAACAGCACAUGUGAAGAUCUGUGGUCGGAGCCAGGGUGGUGGUUUAGGAACUCCUCGGACAGUGUGGCUAGAGCACAGAGCAAAGGAUGAAAUUGGGUGAGGAAGAGUCUAACCUGUCUCUGCAAGCUCUUGAGUCCCGCCAAGAUGAUAUUUUAAAACGUCUGUAUGAGUUGAAAGCUGCAGUUGAUGGCCUCUCCAAGAUGAUUCAAACACCAGAUGCAGACUUGGAUGUAACCAACAUAAUCCAAGCGGAUGAGCCCACGACUUUAACCACCAAUGCGCUGGACUUGAAUUCAGUGCUUGGGAAGGAUUACGGGGCGCUGAAAGACAUCGUGAUCAACGCAAACCCGGCCUCCCCUCCCCUCUCCCUGCUUGUGCUGCACAGGCUGCUCUGUGAGCACUUCAGGGUCCUGUCCACGGUGCACACGCACUCCUCGGUCAAGAGCGUGCCUGAAAACCUUCUCAAGUGCUUUGGAGAACAGAAUAAAAAACAGCCCCGCCAAGACUAUCAGCUGGGAUUCACUUUAAUUUGGAAGAAUGUGCCGAAGACACAGAUGAAAUUCAGUGUCCAGACGAUGUGCCCCAUCGAAGGCGAAGGAAACAUUGCACGUUUCUUGUUCUCUCUGUUUGGCCAGAAGCAUAAUGCUGUCAACGCAACCCUUAUAGAUAGCUGGGUAGAUAUUGCGAUUUUUCAGUUAAAAGAGGGAAGCAGUAAAGAAAAAGCCGCUGUUUUCCGCUCCAUGAACUCUGCUCUUGGGAAGAGCGCUUGGCUCGCUGGGAAUGAACUCACUGUAGCAGACGUGGUGCUGUGGUCUGUACUCCAGCAGGUCGGAGGCUGCAGUGUGGCAGUGCCAGCCAAUGUGGGAGGCUGCAGUGUGGCAGUGCCAGCCAAUGUGGGAGGCUGCAGUGUGGCAGUGCCAGCCAAUGUGGGAGGCUGCAGUGUGGCAGUGCCAGCCAAUGUGCAGCGGUGGAUGAGGUCUUGUGGAAACCUGGCUCCUUUUCACACGGCCCUCAAGCUCCUUCAGUGAAUUGCCGUAACUGAUUUUAAAGGGUUUAGAUUUUAAGAAUGGUGCUCUUUCAUGCCUAUUAUCAGUAAGGGGACUUGUAUUAGAGUCAGGGUCUUUUUAUUUAGGCCAGUUGUCAAGUGUCAAUAAAAGCAUCAUGUAAUUUA